GUUCUUGACAUCUUUUUUCAUUUAUUUUUCCGUCUAUGAUAUGACAGUUGUACUUACCUUUUCCUAGAUAUUUUAAUGAAUGAAAAUCGAGUGUUUAUCGUUAUUUUUUUUAUUAAAUUUAUUUUUAUAAAAUCCGUUUAAUAUUGUUGCUGGAUGUGCUUAACUAAAACUUGAAAACGAUGCCUUUGGCCAAUGCCACCGAUCCAUGGCGAAUGCAAAGUGUUGGAGAUGUCACGCGUGGCAUUACAGCACAGUCCACAAACAGUCUUCCAAUGGUUGUUGAAACUAUAGCAGAGUCUCGACAGACUUCAACAACUGAAAGUCUAGAGUCCAGUGUAUCAAAUGUUGAUCAAAACUAUGAAAGAGAAGUAGAGCUUCAAGAUGUAGUCAAAGAAGGCCAUGAGAAGGCAGACCCCUCUCAAUUUGAACUGUUAAAAGUUCUCGGAGAAGGUUCCUUUGGCAAAGUAUUUUUAGCACGUAAAAUAACAGGCCCCGAUACUGGUACUCUUUAUGCAAUGAAGGUGCUUAAAAAGGCAACAUUGAAAGUCAGAGAUAGGGAGCGCACAAAGAUGGAAAGGAAUAUUUUAGUUGAAAUGGGUCAUCCGUUUAUUGUAAAAUUACAUUAUGCUUUUCAAACAGCAGGAAAAUUAUAUUUAAUAUUAGAUUUCUUACGUGGUGGUGAUCUUUUUUCACGUCUGAGCAAAGAGGUAAUGUUUACAGAGGAGGAUGUAAAGUUUUAUUUAGCUGAGUUAGCUUUAGCAUUAGAACAUGUGCAUAAAUUGGGAAUUAUAUACAGGGACUUAAAACCAGAGAAUAUUUUACUAGAUGCAGAUGGGCAUAUAGCCCUUACAGACUUUGGUCUAUCAAAGCUGCCUCCUAGUGAUAAAGCAUACAGUUUUUGUGGUACAGUCGAGUAUAUGGCACCAGAAGUUGUUAAUAGAAAAGGCCAUACAAUGGCCGCUGACUGGUGGUCGUUUGGUGUUCUCAUGUUUGAAAUGUUGACGGGUAACCUUCCAUUUCAUGGUUCAACUAGACAUGAAACAAUGACACAAAUUCUUAAAGCAAAAUUGGGAAUGCCUUCGAAUUUGAGUGAAGAAGCGCAAUCGCUUUUACGUGCAUUAUUUAAGAGAAACCCACAGAAUAGAUUAGGAGCAGGUCCUAACGGUAUUGAAGAUAUAAAAAAUCAUGAGUUUUUUGCAAGUAUAGAUUGGGAUGCAUUAUUAAGAAAAGAGGUGAUACCGCCAUUCAGACCAGCCGUAUCUCGAGCUGACGACGCGUUUUACUUCGACUCUGAGUUCACUUGCCGCACGCCUAAAGACUCACCGGGUGUACCGGCAUCGGCUAAUGCUCAUGAACUUUUUAGGGGAUUUAGUUUCGUGGCCCCAUGUUUACUGAAUGAUGAUGAUAAUAAGACCAUCACAAAUCAAAACCAGAACCACAUAGCACAAACUAAGACAUCUACAGAAGAGUUCUGGGCUGGUUUUGUGAAUAAAAAUAAAUUCUUUGAUGAAUAUAGAUUAAUGGGUGAAUUAGGUACAGGAUCUUUUUCAGUUGUGCGUCUUUGCGAGCACAAAGCGUCUCAAACGCAAUAUGCUGUCAAAAUCAUGGAUAAAUUACAAUAUGAUCCUAGAGAAGAGAUUGAAAUUUUGUUGAGGUACAGCCAGCACCCGCACAUCAUCACGCUGCGCGGCGUGUACUCGGAGGGCGGGCGCAUCCUGUGCGUGACGGAGCUGUGCCGCGGCGGCGAGCUGUUGGAGCACAUCACGCGCCGCGGCUGUCUACCCGAGCGUGAGGCGGCGCCCGUGCUGCGCAACGUGCUGCACGCCGUGCACUACCUGCACCGCCACACCGUCGUGCACAGAGAUAUAAAGCCAUCAAACAUCUUAUUUGCGACGGCUGAGAGGAGAGCAGCGGAUGUACGGUUAGUCGAUUUCGGGCUGGCGAAGCAGUUACGUGCGGAAAACGGUCUGCUUAUGACGCCUUGCUACACCGCCAACUUUGUCGCGCCCGAAGUACUCAAGCGAGCGGGCUAUGAUGCCGCUUGCGACAUAUGGAGCUUAGGUGUGCUUGCAUACAUUAUGCUUUCCGGAAGGACUCCUUUUGCGUCAACGGGCGACGACACGCCUGAGGCAAUUUUGGCUAGAAUCGAAUCUGGAAAGGUGGAGACGUCGGGCGGCGCGUGGCGGCACGUGUCGGCGGAGGCGCGCGCGAGCGUGCGGCGCAUGCUGCAGCUGGAGCCGGCGGCGCGGCCGCGCGCGCACGAGCUGCUGCGCGAGCCGUGGCUGGCGCGCGCCGAGCCCGAGCCGAGCGCGCCCGACGCGCACCAGCCGCCCGCCGCGCCCGACGUGCCGCCGCCGCAGGACCUGCGCCGCGCCGUCGACCUCACCUACCAGGCAAUGACAUCAGCGCCACUGACGCCUCAUAUAUUGGGUCCAGUGACUCAAUCGACUCUCGCGCAACGUCGGAUAAAACCACAACGUCGAUUUCCGCCCACACAAGUGUAAAGUAUAUUAAAAUGAAGAAAAACUCUCAGUUUUAUUAAACAGGACUGUCACAAACAGAGGAAUAGCGUAAAAACGAAAUGCAUUUGAUCCUUUAUCACAAAGUUUAUAAGUCUGGUGUUUUCUCUGAACACUGUCCUACUAAUCAAUAUAUUUUACAAUACAACAAGCCAAAUUAUUACUAAUGUUGAAAUGUAUAAGUUUUAUUUUUGUUCCAUAAAUAUUUUUUUUUAAUAUGUAAUAACACUAAUUCUUCAGGUGUACGAAAAUAUUUUAUUUAAAUGACUUGUAAUGUUUUUAAAUAACUGUAUUCAACUGUCCCUAUAUAAGAUAUGUUUGUAAUGUUUAGUAUUAAAAUUUUAGUGUUCAAAGUAAUAUAUCUUCAGAUAAAGUAUUCCCAUGAAAA